AUGAUUGACCGGCUCAACAAAGGCUGGUCGCUCGCAAUCAGGCAUCAGCAGUGCAUUCGAACCUGCAAGAACAAGGGCCCAGUUGAGAUUCAAGUGAUGCAUCUGGAGGCUUGCAAGAUCUCAGAAGCAUGUGGCGUGUGCUUCUUGACAGAAAAAAUCAAGCUCACAGAUCUUGACGGAACCACUGAGCCGACCUCACUGGGCGGAUGUGGAAUCACAGCUGGAGGGCUGGCGGAAUGGCUGAUGGAGUCUUCGGCCCAAAAGCUUCGCUCGGUGAGGUGGGCGCCACCGGGCGCAGCUGGCUCAGUCAAGGCUUGA